AUGGACAAGGCCAACGGGACAAGGCCAACGGGACAAGGCCAACGGGACAAGGCCAACGGGACAAGGCCAACGGGACAAGGCCAACGGGACAAGGCCAACGGGACAAGGCCAACGGGACAAGGCCAACGGGACAAGGCCAACGGGACAAGGCCAACGGGACAAGGCCAACGGGACAAGGCCAACGGGACAAGGCCAACGGGACAAGGCCAACGGGACAAGGCCAACGGGACAAGGCCAACGGGACAAGGCCAACGGGACAAGGCCAACGGGACAAGGCCAACGGGACAAGGCCAACGGGACAAGGCCAACGGGACAAGGCCAACGGGACAAGGCCAACGGGACAAGGCCAACGGGACAAGGCCAACGGGACAAGGCCAACGGGACAAGGCCAACGGGACAAGGCCAACGGGACAAGGCCAACGGGACAAGGCCAACGGGACAAGGCCAACGGGACAAGGCCAACGGGACAAGGCCAACGGGACAAGGCCAACGGGACAAGGCCAACGGGACAAGGCCAACGGGACAAGGCCAACGGGACAAGGCCAACGGGACAAGGCCAACGGGACAAGGCCAACGGGACAAGGCCAACGGGACAAGGCCAACGGGACAAGGCCAACGGGACAAGGCCAACGGGACAAGGCCAACGGGACAAGGCCAACGGGACAAGGCCAACGGGACAAGGCCAACGGGACAAGGCCAACGGGACAAGGCCAACGGGACAAGGCCAACGGGACAAGGCCAACGGGACAAGGCCAACGGGACAAGGCCAACGGGACAAGGCCAACGGGACAAGGCCAACGGGACAAGGCCAACGGGACAAGGCCAACGGGACAAAACCAAUGGACAAAACCAAUGGACAAAAACAUAUUAAUAACUUAA